AUGGCGUGGCGCUGCUCCGGGCGUUCCAACGCGGAGCUGAUCCAGAACCUGUUCAACGCGGGCAUCAUCCAAGCGCCGCGGGUGCGCGAUUCCAUGAAGUCGGUCGACCGCGCACACUACUGCCCUUCGUCCCCGCAAGCCGCGUACGAGGACUCGCCGCAACCGAUCGGGUACUCUGCGACCAUCUCGGCGCCGCACAUGCACGCCGCCGCGUGCGAAUCGCUCUUGCCGUUCAUGCCCGAGAACAAAGGCGCAAAAGUGCUGGACAUCGGUUCGGGGAGUGGAUAUCUGACACACGUGCUGGCGAACCUCGUCUGCGGAUCCGACGGCAAAGGGGACGGCAAGGUCGUGGGCAUCGACCACAUCAAAGGACUCGUGGACAUGUCGAGGGAAAACAUGCAACGGAGCGCAGAAGGCCGGUACCUGCUCGAGUCCGGCAAGGUCGAGCUCAUCACGGGCGACGGCCGCAAGGGGUACCCCGAAGGCGGACCCUACGACGCCAUCCACGUCGGCGCCGCCGCGAGCGAAAUGCACCAGACGCUCAUCGAGCAGUUGAACAAGCCCGGCAGGAUGUUCAUCCCCGUCGAAGACGUCGACGGCUGGGGCUCCCAGUGGAUUUGGGUCGUGGACAAGGACAAGGACGGCAAGGUCACCAAGAAAAAGGACAUGGGCGUCAGAUACGUGCCCUUGACGGACGCCCCCGGCCCGGCUUGA